UUUUAAUUUUACUUUUAUAAAGAUACACAAAUGCUAUAAAAAUUUAUUACAAUGAUAGGUGAAAUACUUAAUGGAAUAUACUCAACACAUUUAUAAUACAUUAAAAGAUAAUAACGAAAUUGUUAUCAUAAAAAAAUAUGGAAGUAAAGCGAAACGUUGCACGAUUAUGCUUACAAGUAAGAUAAUAUUUGAUAUGUGUUUAUAUUUACUUUAUGUUCAAAUAAAAACACUACAUAUGAAAAAUUAUUUUUUUUGGAUUGGCUUCGUAAUUAUUCAUAUUGGUGUUCAACUAUGGCCAAAUUUUUACAAUAUUGUGUCACCUGUAAACGAAUCUCGUCAUCAUCAUCUGCAAAUUGUGACUGAGUACUUUAUUGAUCAAGAAAAAUAUUUUUAUUUAAUAUUAUUGCAUACAAAUAUGUCUCUCUAUAUAGGAUCAUUUAUAUUAUUAGCCACAGGCGCAAUGCUUAUUGCAUACGCUCAAUAUGCUUGCGGAAUGUUUAGAAUUGCUAGUUAUCGUAUUGAAAACGCAAUGAAAAUUUAUUUAUCACAAGAUGUACUGGAAAAACGAUUUUUUAUAUAUAAAAGCAUAAUUUGUGCUGUAGAUAUUCAACGAAAAGCCAUAAUCUUCAAUAUUUUCCAAACUUUUCAGAUCACAACAUCGGAAUAUAACAUUGAUGAAUUUUUAUUACCUUUUGUUAUAACUGUUUGUUCGCUUACAUAUAUGUUUUUGUCCAAUUUGAUGGGUCAAGAAGUUACAGAUCAUUAUAAUCACGUAUUUCAUGUGACAUACAAUAUUCAGUGGUACCUAGCUCCUUUAAAUAUACAAAAGCUGAUACUGAUUCUAAUUCAAAGAGGUAACAAAAAUUUUGGUUUGAAUGUAGGUGGUUUGUUUUUAGCAUCUUUAGAAUGUUUUGCUACGCUAGCAAAUACAUCUGUAUCUUAUUUCAUUGUCAUGCAUUCAAUGCGAUAAUGAUAAUAAAAUAUGCUCAUUGAUAUCAACAGAUCAAAAGA